UUGACGUAGCCAGAGAUCGCUGAAGCAAAGAGCCGCUGCGGCAGUGCAAUUGCCCCCUGCUCCACAUUGGGCACGACUUGAAAAAGGAAGCCAGAUUCCGAAAGCAAUGGAAUCUCUUGAGAUCCAUCCAUCCAAAAAAAAUAAAAAACAACUUUCGUUGAUCAAUUCACUAAUCUUACCCUCAGUGCAGACGAAAGGUUUCUUUCCCACCUGUGUUCUGUCCCCUUCCUGUCAGGCGGUGACAAGGUCAGCAUCACGCCAAACAACUCACGACUCGAUCGUGUUUAUGCCCGCCUUCUCCAGGACCACCCCUACGGAUGGGCACUAUAUAAGAAAUUUACCACUGAUGAACUGUAUCCCGGCUGCUGCGGAUACUUCGACUCGGACGGUGACUGGCAUUUCAUUGCUGACCUUACCGCUGGGUAAGACCUUGUCACCUCGAGAGGAUGGACAGCACCCGAUGAUGAACUUGUCAGGAGCAGGCAUGAGAAGCCAUCCAGCUUGAUAUGGGGGCCGGAAAAGUCCAGAUCCGUGAUCUCCCGUGAGCUAGGCGGUGAAGUCGCGGCCAACAUAUUAUCGCCAAUCUCACCGUCACCCAAGAUGGUGUUCAUCUGUGAGAAGGACGAAGGUGCGGUUCUCACGAUCCAAAAUCCUGUCUUGAGACACCGUGUCUGUGACGAGUCGGCUGCCUUGAAAUGGGUCAAAGAGAACAGGGUCGAGAUGUUAAGGCGGCACAGGAAGAUCGUCGAACAACAUGGAAUCUGGGUUGUGAACAAGACGUAUACCACGACUCGAAGUGGCGUUGUCGUUAUGUUCUCCAACUCUUCCACUGUCGAGAUUGGCAUCGGGGCUGCGGUUCCGGGCAUGGUGACACUGACACCGUUGAGCUCAUGGACCUCCGGCAAAGGUGAUCCCGCGACAGAGGUUCAUGACGACAGCAAUGGCGUUGUGGUGUUCCGACUGAGGGCUGAAUUGAAACCAGUGGUGGGAACAAAUGCCCAAAACGGUAAAUUAUUCCGUGGAGGUUAUGUUGAGCCGGAUAGUGAUGGAUUUGAAAGCGAGAAAGAGUGUAACGGGUUCAGGAUACUAGUUGUAUAA